CGACCCAUUGUCCCAAUUGACGCGGUGCCAUGGCAUUUGAUGUUACUGCAUAGCCAAGGCAGGGCAAUGCCUGAUCUUCUUCAAUUGUGUGUCAAUGGCAUCCUCGAAGGGCAAUAGCGACGAUGUUCCACCGCAGUUGCAGUUCACCAGCCCGUCUUUCGGCCCGAGACGUCAGACAUCCGGCUGGAGGGAGCAGCACCAAGAAGGCCGUCUGCAUCGACGACGACUCUCACGAAGCGCUGCUCGAGAUGCUAAACAUGUUCGUCUACAGCCACCCCCUAUGGGAGAACCGAGGUCUUCCGCUUCCAGCAUUUAUAUGGGCUCCUACAACCGCAGUCCUCGUCGAUCAAGGUCUCAUUUGGGAACUCCGAGCAGUUCAGCUCCAGGAUCGCCUCGAACCAGCAUGAGCCACAGCCAUCUUAGUCUUCUACAAGACUUGGAUCUUGAUCUCGAAACCUAUGGGGUUGAGGAGUUACGGGAUGGGUUCUUUGAUGGAUCAUUUCUCAAGCCUCGCAAGGUUGAUCACGAGGAUUUGAUACGGGAUGCGGAAUUUGCACUUCCUUUGGCUUUCACAAAGAAACAUCCGCUUUCUGUGAGGCAUUUCCUGCCCAAACAAUGGCACGACACCAAGGGUGUCAUCCGAACCGUUACGACCACAAGAGCAGGCAUCAAGUUGGCGAAGUCAUUCUCGGCGUUCUUCAUUGCUUAUAUCUUAUGCCUUGUUCCUUCAAUCCGAGAAUGGCUUGGACGCUACAGUUAUAUUAUGGUGCUAUCUACCAUAGUCAACCAUCCUGGUCGAACGGUAGGAGCUCAGCUUGAUGGUGCUCUUCUCACUAUCCUGGGAUCGGCCACCGGUUUAGGUUGGGGGGCUUUUGCCCUUUGGGUAUCAGACUCGACAGCUGUGGCGAAAAGAGGCUAUGGAGGUAUCCUGGCCACUUUUCUUCUCCUCUUCAUGGGCACCGUAGCCGCUCUUAGAACUUACUACAUCAGGAUGUACCAGUUCGUCUUUUGUGCUGGGAUUGCUAUCAGUUACACCUGUCUCGCAGAUACAUCGGAGAUAGUAGCAUGGAGAAAGUUGUUCAGCUACGGUAUACCAUGGCUCUUUGGGCAGGCACUCUGUUUUCUGAUAUGCUUCACCUUCUUUCCCGAUGCUGGAGCUAGGCCACUUGCCGUUUCAUUACACGGUGCAUUUGCUGUAAUGCAAGAAGGACUACUGGUUCCUCAACGAGAGAAUAUGAGAUUGCAUCGGCAACUAGCUUGGACUUUCGUCAGUUUAUCACAGGCGCACCGAGAUCUCCUUCUGGAUGUCACCAUAACGCGGUUCCGACCAUCUGAUGUGACGGUAUUACGAAACCUCAUGCAAGCUGUCAUCAGAUCCUUCUUAUCUUUGCGAAUGGAACAUCAACUCUUUGAUGAGCUGGAGGAAAAGUUUGGCGAACAUGGCCUUGAUAAACAUCAUCAUAACCCCAGUUCUGGUACGAACGAGGAGGGAAUCGGUGGCGAUGGGUCUCAUGCUGAAGCAGAAGGCUUACCUAAAUCGGAAGAAGCUGUCAUCGAUAUCGAUACUUCCAAAAAGCGGCCAUCUCUGUUGAGGCAUGGGUCCGAGGAACGAGCAGUGCGGUUGAUUGCGAGUAAACUGGCUGAACCCACUUCGAGAUUACUUUCUUCAAUGAAAUCAUCGCUUUCAAGUUGCGAUGCAGUAUUGUUGGACAUGUCUGGCUAUCGAAAGUACCUUGGGCCACCAGACUCAGUCUCGACAGAUGUUGUAGGCGCGUUGACCAAACUUCGGAAAACAAUGAUUAAGUACGACGAAGAGGAAGAGUCGUUAAUGGAUAACCCAGAGUUGCCACCAACUUAUUCGAAUCACCCAGAAGUGGUAGAGCUCUUCCUUUUCGUUCAUCCAAUUCGGCAGGCAGCAACACCGGUAGAAGCACUACUCGUCAAGGUUAUGGAAAUGCAGCAAAAGCGUCAAAGCUGGAGAUUGUAUUUGCCCUCAUACCCGUUCUUGAAAGCCUUGCAACGUACGAACGCGCAAGUUCGACAUGAUCGAGGAGGAGUGACAGCAGGUUAUUACUUUCACAGCCAAAGUCAGCUUGCAAGAACAAUGAAGGGAAUGGCAAAUGUUUACAAACCAUUGCCCCGUGAUACUAAGGAAAAAGACGAUCCCAAGCAAGAAGUUGGAAGAAUGGAUACGAUCGGCAAGUAUGAAGAGGAAGAAGACGUUGCAAUGGACCACAAAUCUCACGCCUCGAAACUGCAAAAGUUCCGUUAUAGAUUUUGGGCUAUUCUUCACCGCCUUCAAGGUUUCGAGAUGAGGUUUGCUUUUAAAGUUGCGAUUGUGACAUCGCUCUUAUCUGUGCCUGCCUGGCUGAGCCAGAGUAGGGGAUGGUGGAAUGAGAACGAGAGUUGGUGGGCUGUUGUUUUCGUCUGGAUUAUGAUGCAUCCUAGAGUCGGCGGUAACUUUCAAGACCUAGUCACUCGCGCAUUGUGCUGCGUCCUAGGAGCAGUGUGGGGUGGAUUGGCCUACGGCGCUGACAAUGGAAAUCCUUAUGUGAUGGCUGUGUUUGCUGCCAUAUACAUGCUCCCCAUGAUCUAUCGGUUUACCCAGAGCAACCAUCCUCGGUCAGGUAUCGUGGGCUGCAUAUCCUUUGUCGUUGUCUCCCUCGGCGCCAAGGCAUCACAUGGCUUGCCUUCUGUGGUGCAAAUCGCCUGGACUCGAGGCCUAGCAUUUGUCGUAGGGGUUGUAGCUGCAGUUGUUGUCAACUGGAUCCUCUGGCCAUUUGUCGCAAGGCACGAGCUUCGGAAAGCUCUUUCAGCAAUGCUCAUCUACUCUAGCAUCAUCUAUCGUGGUGUGGUAGCAAAAUACGUGUAUUAUGAAAAGGGAGAAGAACCAACAAAAGAGGAUAUAGAACAGUCAGAAAUGCUUGAAGGCCGUCUUCGUGAAGGUUUCGUCCGCAUCCGUCAACUAAUGGCACUCACACGCCACGAAAUCCGUCUCCGCGGCCCCUUCGAUCCCCUCCCCUACUCCGGCCUCAUUGACGGUUGCGAGCGCUUCUUCGAAUACCUCGUCGCCGUCCGGCAAUCCUCAUUGUUCUUCCACCCCCACUACAUGUCCGACAACGAGCAAGCCGCUGAGUCUUUACUCGCGUACCGCCGGGACGCCGUUGCUGCAAUCCUCAUGAACCUUUACGUUCUCGCCGGCGCACUUCGCGGCGACAGAAAAGUCCCGCGAUAUCUGCCUAGUGCUGCACAAGCACGGAAACGCCUCUUAGACCAUAUGGCGGAAAUCGAGGCAGAGCCAGUGAGGAAUACGGAUUUAGGGAAGGCGGAUUCUGUUAAGGAGAGCAGGAAGUGGGCGCAGAUUUAUAGUUACUCUUAUAGUCAGAGUUUGACGGGGUGUGUGAAGCAACUCGAGCAAUUGCAGAAGUAUACGAAGGAGAUUGUGGGCGAGCAAGGAUUCGAUCCCAUUGACACAAACGCCUUCGAGGAGGCUGCCCGUGACCUUGAGAUGGAGUCGGGCGCCGGAAGAUAGAGUUUUGUCGGAUGUGCCGUUAUGACUGAAGGUUCAAGGCUCAUGCCCAUCUCAUUGUAACAAGACAUUUGGUACAUUGAGGUGAUGUGUAAGAAAAGUUGUAAAGUUGAUAUUCACUCACGAGUCGGGACCGGCCGAAGCUCAUUGUACGAAAGU